AUGGCGCAGCGGAAGCGCGCCGGGCUCAUAACCCGGAGGUCCCUCGAUCGAAACGAGGUGUUGCUAGCUUAUUUGUUUUUACACAGAACGCAGUACGUCCACGACUCCCCGACAGGUUCCGGCCACAUCCUUUCCCUCCUCGACUCUGCGCCGCCGAACCCGCGCAUCGCCAUCGGCACCACCACCGAAAUCCCGCCGACCCCCCAGUCCUUCACCGAGAACCCACACUUCGUCUCGAUCCUACAACGCGUAGUGCGCGCGCAUGCGGCGGCGGACCCGCGCGUCCAAGCCGACGCGCUGCAGUUCGCGUCGCACGCUGGUGCUCCGCUGCUCAAUAAUCAGCGCAGACGAGUGCGGCAGGGCGGCAGUGGAGCCGCAAAUUAUCAGGGCGGCACGGGAGGUGGCGGGGUUGGCGGGUGGGUGCACGUUCACGAUCAGCGCGCGGUGCCGGCGUUCGGGAGGAUUCCGUAUCCGGAAGAUAUCAUGGGUAGCUUGCUAGUGGAUAGCGAGGGCAAUAUUGUGAAUCGUGAGCAGGGCGGAGACUGGGAGGAGAAUAGGAUGUAUCGGUUGGUUACCAGGGCGGGGAUCAUGACGCUUAGUCCUUUCUUGAGGGAUAGGCUACGUGAGGCUUUGGUAGAGGAGGAGAGGCGGGUGACCGAGAACGAUGCAUAG